CAAGAACAGACAUUACCUGCUUUGUCCCAUCUGUAAGAAGACCCAGGCCACUCUGUCGAUACAUCUACGCAGGGUCUGCAUGAAGAAAUCUACACCAAAGGCCAUCACAAAUGUGGUGGAAAAGGCCAAGUCAGAUGUCUUGGAUAUUCUGCAUUGUGGCAGGAUCUUUAGCUAUGGCCACCUUCAUAGGAUUUUGAACAAUCCAGAUUCACUUAACCGUUUGGCUUAUUGAGGAACUGGAGCGACAUCACAUGGUGGUGACAAAUGUUCCUCCACUGCUGAAAAACACUCCCAUCAACGUCAGGCCUUCCACCAGCACAACCACAAAACCAGCAUUGACACAAGAGACACCUGAGGAGGUCUGCAGUGAUGAGAGCUCUCCAUGUAACACAGACACUAAUCCCAGGAUGCUCAUGGCAGACAAAGGCCUUUACAAAAAGCACUCUCUGAAUGAUUCACUGCUGAAGGACUUUGGCAUACACCUGGAGAAAGACCUCCACAAUGAGAAUUUCAAACAAGUGGUUGAAAACGUGGCCAGGUUCCUGUAUUACAUGAACCCAAAGGAGCCAAGCCUUCUUUUCGUCAGGAACAGGCCAAAAACCAAACAGUACCUCCGUGAGCUCUCUGAGGCCAAGCUGACCAAAUAAACUCAGCUCAACUACCUCAAAAGCCUGAAAAGAUUCCUCAUGUACCACACCAUGAACACCAACCUGGAGAAUGAAGAUGAGAGGCUGCAUGAUGAAUGCACAUUAUUCAUUGAAUACAUUGGGUCUCUGCAGAAGAAAUGCGCUGACGAAGAGAUCACCCAAAAGAGGUAUGUACCAUUCCCUUUAAAUGGAUCACACUUUAUAUAUGUGAGCACUGUAGCAAGAAACACUGUGAUUUGGUAAUACAUAAAAAAAUUCUUAGGAAUGACAUAUUGAUUCACAAGAAUUCACUGACACCAUGAGACUGCUGGGCUGUGUUGCUGAGAGCCAAGAAAGACUUUAUGGUAGUAAUGGAUAAGAUCUUUCCAAAGAUGAAGACCACACCGGAGUUGUCAGAGUGUGCAUUUGUGGUGUAUUACCUUGAGGCACUGAUGAUUCUUAAAUAUCUCCAGGGACCAGGCGUGGUGCAGCACAUGACAGUGAAGGAGUGGAGAAAUAGACAGCGUGAUGAGUCUGGUGUCGUUGUGAGUGUUAAAGAGCACAAGAGAGCAUCGUAUUAUAAGAUGGUCUCAUUUGUCCUUACCCAGGAGGAGGAGUUGGUAAGUUCAUCAAAUUAAGUUAGAUUUAUCAAACAUGUCCUUUCAGUACUAAAACUAACUAAAAGCAGGAAUUAAUCUGUGUUCCUGUUUUUACUUUUCCAACAGUGGUUUGACCUGUACUUUAAGCAUUUAAGGCCUAAACUCCUGACCUUCAAGAAGGGUAAGAGGACACGGGACAAUGUAGAGGCAGAAGACAGAUUUUUUGUCUCCACCUCAGGGAAGCCAAUUUACAAUGCGUCCAAUGAUCUCAACCAUCUUCACUCUAAGUCUUGUCUUUGAAACCGCUGCUAAGCCUUCUUGUGAGCAUAACAGUAUGAAACGUUCACUACAAAAGCUCAUCUGCAAGAUGGCAGGUGAGACAAGUGAUGGAGAUUAUAUCUCACCUACUGUCUGUGACAAUGAACGUGAUGCUGUUUGCGGGCGCAAUCCUCUGAUGGACGUGCAGGCAGCAUACAACGCAUUGCUCCAAACACACCCGGUGACGCUGGACGGGCAAGUGCCAGAUAAGGAGAUGUGCAUGCUGACGUCGCCUACAUUUCAAAGGCAGCUCUACGAACGUUGGCUGAAGGCACAAAUGAAACUGCGUGUGCGGCAGGUCAUCUCACACUUUGGCCGGCGCCUUCCUUCUGAGAACCGAGUCAGUUCCUGGAUCGUGAAGCAGGACUGGAAGAGUAACAUCCCCACCCCUGCUCGCAUCAUCAACGAAUGGAAGCCCUCAGGAUUGGUGGAAACAGUGAUGGACCUCAAAAGCAUCCGGAGGCUCGUCCGCAGUCAGAAGUGGAAAGGACUCGCAAUCGCAGACAUUGAAGAGAAGGGCAAGGGUAUUAUUGUGACCCGCUGUUUUCAGGCAGUAGAGGUGGUCUGUGAUUACCACGGACGGGUCGUCACUACCAAAGAGGGCCAGCAGAUCCACCGUAACACCAGUGAGGGCGAAACUGGCUUUAUGUUCUUCUACGAGAACAGCAAGGACCAGAACAUGUGCAUUGACGCACAUUCGGCUUUCUGUGAGUGCCACCCGGACAAGGAGACUUUUGGCCGCCUUAUCAAUCACUCUAGGGUUGUUUUCACAUAUGUUGGUGCGCACCGUGGUGCGGCCUCGGAGCGCACCAAAAUACAUUGUAUCAUUUUUCAGUUAGUGUGGUCCGUGUCAACAUAUAUAUAUUUUUUACUUUACUCGAAAUGCCGCACCGUACACCAUGUGACAACGGUCAGCGCUGUCAUUGGUCUCUGACAGCUCUUACCGUCUCAUGACCACCCCCACGUUUCCACGACAACCAGCUUGACAGAGAGAGCGCAGCUAUCAAGAUGUGGAGAUAAACGAUGCACGUCUUUGCGAAGUUUCUUUGCUUUAACGCGAAAUUGCGUAGCUGUUCUAUUAAAGCCUUUCUCACGGAGCCGUUUGCUAAAAGCCCGUAAUGUCACUAUUUGUGUGUGGAGGACAGCUAUGCAUUUAUAAAAUCAUCAGCUCAAACGUAAAGGAGACAGCGAAUCUCUAUGCAACGGACCAGGAUUGGCUUGUUUGUUGUUAACCCACAAUAUAACACCCGGCUCACGUCACAACGAAAGCCCAGUGGCUCAAACAUGUGGAGAACUUCCUGUAUUUGGUUCGGCCCGAGGUCCAGCAGUGUUCACACCACAGGUGGGUCGCCCCAGAGUUCGGCAACAGCCGCUCCGAGACCACCUGUUUAGAGCGGUCUCGGAGCGGUCGUUUAGUGCGCACCCGAGUGCGGCUGUUGUGUUCACACUGACCCAAACGCACCGUACUCGGAGCGACACGUCAUUUGGGCCGACCUAAACAGUGUAUAUGUGAAAACACCCUAGGAAACGUACCAACCUACGGCCCAGGGUCUACACUGUGGAGUCUGAUGGGGAAGAAAGGGAUGUUAUCCUUUUUAUAGCAUCCAGGAACAUUGAUGUGAGUGAAGAACUGCUUUUUGACUAUGGCGUGCAGAAGAAGUCCUUUAGAGGAGAGGGCUUAGACCUCUUUUGGCUGUGAAUCCUGUGCUUGAUAUUGUUUGUCAUCUCCAUCACAUUGUGCAAAUGUCGCUUUGAGUGUCUUAUUGCAUAAAGUGUAGCAAACACUGCACCUUAAUAAUAAUCUACAUGCUCCAUUAUUCAUCUGCACUAGCACACAUCAUUAUGUGUACAAUACAUGUGUAUAUAGGCAUAGUUUUUAUUUUUAUGUUUUGUAUAUUGUGUGCUUUUGUGUAUAAUGUGGAUGUCUGUUAAAGUAUGUCCAAUGUGACUACGUAUAAUGUAUACUGUGUGUAUUCC